AAGCCGGGCUGGCCUGAUAACUGGGCCCUCGAGCUCUCCCCGCCAGCCGCCUCUGCCUCUCUGCCUCUCUCCCGCCAUGUCGUGCCGCUCCUUCCAGCUGGGCUCCAGGUGCGGCGGUCAGAGCUUCAGCUCGUGCUCGGCUGUGCUGCCCCGGAUGGUCGCCCACCAUGCAGUGAGCAAGGGGCCGUGCCGGCCCGGGGGCGGGGGGGGCCUCCGAGCCCUGGGCUGCCUGGGCUCCCGGAGCCUGUGCAACGUGGGCUUCGGGAGGCCCCGGGUGGCCUCCAGGUGCGGCCUGCCUAGCUUCGGGUACCGAGUGGGGGCCGUCUGCGGACCCUCGGCCUGCAUCGCCCCCGUCACCAUCAACGAGAGCCUGCUGGUCCCGCUCGAGCUGGAGAUCGACCCGGCCGUGCAGAGGGUGAAGAGGGACGAGAAGGAGCAGAUCAAGUGCCUGAAUAACCGCUUUGCAUCCUUCAUCAACAAGGUCCGGUUCCUGGAGCAGAAGAACAAGCUGCUGGAGACCAAGUGGAACUUCAUGCAGCAGCAGAGAUGCUGCCAGAGUAACAUAGAGCCCAUCUUCGAGGCCUACAUCUGCGCCCUUCGGAGGCAGCUGGACUGCGUGGCGGGCGAUCGGGCCAGGCUGGAGUCGGAGCUCUGCAGCCUCCAGGACGCACUGGAAAGCUACAAGAAAAAGUAUGAAGAGGAGCUCUCCCUGCGGCCCUGCGCCGAGAAUGAGUUUGUCGCCUUGAAGAAGGAGGUGGACACGGCCUUCCUGAUAAAGGCUGACCUGGAGACCAACGCUGAGGCUCUGGUCCAGGAGAUUGACUUCCUGAAAGGCCUGUACGAAGAGGAGAUGUGCCUGCUCCAGUCUCAGAUCUCCGAGACCUCCGUCAUUGUGAAGAUGGACAACAGCCGGGAGCUGGACGUGGAUGGCAUCAUCGCCGAGAUCAAGGCCCAGUAUGACGACAUCGCCAGCCGCAGCAAAGCCGAAGCUGAGGCCUGGUACCAGAGCCGGUAUGAGGAGCUGCGGCUGACAGCCGGGAACCACUGUGACAACCUCCGCAACCGCAAGAAUGAGAUCCUGGAGAUGAACAAGCUGAUCCAGCGGCUUCAGCAAGAGAUUGAGGCCGUGAAAGCCCAGCGCUGCAAGCUGGAGGCCGCCGUGACGCAGGCGGAGCAGCAGGGCGAGGCGGCCCUCGGCGACGCCAAGUGCAAGCUGGCGGGGCUGGAGGCCGCCCUGCAGAAGGCCAAGCAGGACAUGGCCUGCCUGCUCAAGGAGUACCAGGAGGUGAUGAACUCCAAGCUGGGCCUGGACAUCGAGAUCGCCACCUACAGGCGGCUGCUGGAGGGCGAGGAGCACAGGCUGUGCGAGGGCAUCGGGCCCGUGAAUAUCUCUGUGAGCAGCUCCAAAGGCGCGGUCCUCUACGAGCCAUGCAUGGUCAGCACCCCCAUCCUGAGGACCGAAUACUGCCCAGGGGCCCCCGGGGUCCUCAAGAGCAGCGGGGGCUGCAGCGUGGUGGGCUCCGGCGAAGUCUACGUCCCCUGCGAGCCCCAAGGGGUACUGGGCUGCGUGAGCGGCCGGAGCCCCAGCACGAAGGUGGGCGCUGGGGGCAGCGCCUCCCCCCACAAGUGUUAGCGCGGCCCCAGAGGCUGGAAGCCCAGGGACAGGCCUCCAGCCCACAGCCUGGAUGCCGUCCCCCCACCAGGGCUGAAGACAAGGAUGUUUCCAAACCCCGCCUUCCUGUACCGACCGACCGCAGGCGCCCCUCGGGCAUCUUCAGGAGUCACCUUUCACUUUGUGCACCACCCCGAGCCAGCCCCUGGGGGUGAACGCAUCAAAGCUCCGCUUUGUGGACCGUCCCCUGCAAGUUUCCCCACAGAGCCAGUCUCCCGGGCCCACACCCCUGCAGGCUCCCCGCCCCCUUACAGCUCUCGUGCACCCGAGAAAAGCGAACUCCUUUUAACACCCAGCUAACACACGCACCGCGGCGAUCGCCCGAAUCCCACUCUGAAUUCCGGAGCCCGGUGCCCGCGUUUCAGGAUCGCUCUAGACCUCUUAACGGCCCUCUCGGUUGGCACACGGAAUCCAGAGGCGGUCUUUGGGCACUAGAUUUCCCUGCUCAGGGGUGCGGAACUCACACUACGAAAAUACAUCUUUUUCCUGAGUCCCGUUGGCAGCUGACGGCCGGGAAAUGCCAAAACAAAGGCAAGGGGAUGUGGGGAACUUACUGGACGGAGACGGUCGAGAGCUGACACCCUUGGCUCAGCGGAAUCAAGCCCCCGCCCCACCCUCUGUACAUAGCCCGCCCCGGCCCCAGGCCAACCCCCCACCUCCUGCUCUGUCUCCUUUUAGAACCUCUUGCUUUCGGGCUGAUGUGAACGGGUUUUCCUGGCUACAGUGAUAUGGGGCUGCCCAGAAACUGGGAGGCUUUGGCUCAGGGGCUGCACAGAAGGAGGUGUCGCGCUGACCCCGUCUCCCCAGAGGCCCUUAGUGUUGCAUCCUGCCACCCACCCAGGGAGCCACCAUCUCUGCCAUGAGCCUCUGGGCUUCUCUGUUCCCAAUAAACUGACUGUUCACAGAC